CUUUUCCGGAACCCUCCGCGAGACUUCGACAACAACCCUUGCUGCUGCAGCACCUCUCUAGGCGAAUCGUAUCAGCCCACUUAGUAUUACAGAUCUCUCAAAUCACGGACCAAUUUGGCACAUUUAAGCACAAUCGAAAGUCCGUCUUUGGAUACAUCCGUGCGUUCUGCAAAUGCAGGCCAUUAAAUGCGUUGUGGUCGGCGAUGGUGCUGUGGGUAAGACCUGUCUGCUCAUCAGCUACACCACCAAUGCCUUCCCAGGAGAAUACAUCCCCACUGUCUUCGAUAAUUACUCCGCCAAUGUUAUGGUGGAUGGCAAACCAGUUAACCUGGGCCUUUGGGAUACAGCGGGGCAGGAAGACUAUGACCGUCUCAGGCCUCUCUCCUACCCCCAAACGGAUGUGUUCUUGAUAUGCUUCUCCUUGGUGAGCCCCGCCUCCUUUGAGAACGUCAGAGCCAAGUGGUACCCUGAGGUGCGCCACCACUGCCCCAACACUCCCAUCAUCCUGGUGGGCACCAAACUAGACUUGCGGGAUGACAAGGACACCAUUGAGCGCCUGAGGGACAAGAAACUGGCCCCCAUUACCUACCCUCAGGGGUUGGCUAUGGCACGUGAAAUUGGUGCAGUGAAGUACUUGGAAUGCUCUGCCCUUACCCAGCGUGGUCUCAAGACAGUGUUUGAUGAGGCCAUCCGCGCUGUGCUGUGUCCCCCACCUGUCAAGAAGCGGGGCAAGAAAUGCACAGUGUUCUGAGGCUGACCACCAGAGGGCGCCAUCAUUCGUGCCACUUUUCUCUGAGGCGACUGGGGGGACAUCCACUGCUACUUGUUCAUAACAGUACCUAUCUGCUGUUUCGAGAGGGAUACCUGAGCUCAGUGGGUUUACACUAGUCUCUUAGGACCCUGAGGUUUAGUUUUGUUUUGUAAGAAGAAGCAUUAAUAGAAUGUGUAGAAUGGUGAAGUUGACGGCAUUGCUAAAACAAAGAAGAAAUGAUGCCAACAUCCAUUCUUUUUGGGCAGCACGUCUUCUUUUUUUUCAUUUGUCAAAUGAAUUUGCCUUAAAAAUAAUUGGGUGAUUUAACUGGGGCAUUGUCAUAGAUGGCAAGCAGAGGGACAAACAGUUGUGGAGGGCCCAACAUGCAUUUCAGACAGGAGAACAAGCUUUUCUAAGUGUUCGAAUGAAACAUAAAAUACACUCAGUACAUUCAUUCAGCUUUUUUUUUUGCCAGAACUAAUGUUGUUGGAUUUGUUAAAGUGUGGACAUCGCUAUGUGGUUUUGUUUUUUAAUUUUACUACGAAUUGUGAAUGUUUGACAGAUGUGACGGUGUAAAUAUAUAUUGUGCAUAGCUUUGGUUAGCAGGCAUUGGAGCCAGAGAACACAGAUUCAUAGAUAACAUUUUUAAGUGUUUUCUCUAGUUACUUCCUACAGUAUCAUGCUACUUGUUUCUGAAAUCAUUUGAUAGCGCUCAAUUAAAAUUAAGUCAGAUUAAGAAAUGAAUUAAGGAAUGAAAACGCAGUCCUCAGAGUAGUCCAGAACAAAUGUUUGUUUGCUGUAGUGUUAUUGGUGCAUCUGUUCACAUCCAUGGCUUGAGCUACUGCAGAAGAAUGUGUGUGGGAGCUGUUUUUUACUGGUUAGCAUUUAUGCCCCAUGAAAAUUUGUAAUAUGCAAAUGUGAUGUACUCUAAAGUAUGUAGGACUGUUUAUAACAGGCUUAUGUUAGAAUUUUAUACAGUUUGAAUCAAUUACUUUCUUUACACCCAAAUCUGUUUUCAUGAUGUUCAAAGCCAUGAGCUGAAUAGAUCUACCAUGUGCCAUUGUGAACUGUAUUUUGUGGGGCUGGCAUGCCAGAUCAAGUCGUUUCUUUUGACAAAGGACCUAAUUGGAAGUGUCAAAAAAAAAAUCUGGAAUACAGUAUCUAUAUUUUCUGUUUGGUGUGUAUGACCGGUAUGAGUCUAGGUAUGUGAGUGGAAGCAUGCAUGCGCAAGGGGCUAUGUCUGUCUGUUGUGGAUUUCUUGAGUAAGAAACAUUUUGUUUCUUUAUUACUACAUCUAUGGUACUUCAUAUGACUCUUGAACUGGAAAAAAAGUAAAGAGCAUUUAACAACGUAUGUCCUCUGUUACAAGUUGCCAAAAUAAACCACUAAAUGUGAAUAUCAAUAAUUUUAAAGGUUAUGCAUUAAUAAAGGAAAAUCUUUGAAUGUA